CAUGUUAUCGGACAACAUUUGUUCAAAAAUCUAUCUAAUUUUCCUAAGUUUACUCCUAUACAAGCACAUAGAUAUAAAAUGUAAAAUUUACUAUCUACUAUGGAAGAAUCUAUCAUGCUAAAAUCAAUGUUGAACAUAUUAAAUAGUAAUUCAAAGAAUAAAAAGGCUGUUGUAGAUGCUUUACCUAUAGUAUUAAAUACUUACAAUAUAUUUGAAGAACAUGAUAUUUACGAGUUGAUUGUGACUAGUGCACAUUACUUAUGUUUCCAAAUAAUUAAUCCUCAAUUUGACAAUUCUACAUGGAAAGAUUCUGAUGUGUCCUUUGAUCAUUUAAAAUCCUUGUUAGGGUAUUUUAUUACUAUUAUUAAAGGACAUAGUAAUUCUGAUAUUAUUCAAUUAUUCCAAUAUUGUAUAGAAUUAUCAAACAAAAUUGAUUUUAAAGAUUGUUCCAAUGAAAAAAUAUUAAAUAUUGGAUUUUGUAUGGAAAAUUUAUGCACUUCAUUUACUCAUGAAAUUGAAAAUUGUACAAAUCUUAACUAUUUAAGAAAUACAUUAAUUAAUUUACUUACUGAACCAUACUUAAACAAAAACAAGUUAGAUGCUAUACACUUGUUUAUUAACAGCAUUGUAUCUAUUGAUUAUAUUCCUGUUUUAUGGAAAAAUAUUAAACUGAUGAUUAAAAUUUAUCCUGACCGCGUUAUACAUUUACUAUACAAUAUGCAAAAUUUAUUCUUUAAUCCUAUGUGUGUUAGAGUUAUUUUGAAUGAUGAAGAUUUUUGGAGUCUAUUAUGUGAUUUACUGACUAGUGAAAAUAAUAUUAUUAGAACUUACAAUAAUGUAAUUCUUAAACUAUCAAUAAACUACACAAAUGAAAAUGUUAAUUAUGUUCCAAGUCAAAGCAAAGAACAAUUUAUUAAAGCAUGGAACGAUUAUAUGGUUGUAAUGGAAACUCUGGAAAAUACUCAACAACAUUUAACUUUACCAGUUUUGAGUACUGCCAAAAACCUUGCAUUACAAAAAAAUAAAGAUGAUUAUGUAUUACCAAUGAAAUGGAUUACAGCUAUGAAUUGUAAAAUGUUUUCACAUAGUUCCAAACAUGUUGUUUUGACAAGUAUAGAUAUCAUUACAAAUAUGCCAAUAUUAUUAUUAAAAAAUAAACAACUAUUACUGUCAUUUGUGAAAUCCUUAAAUAAUGUGUUUUUAUAUAAAAUGUCUAGUGAACUAUGUGUCGAUCAACCUCAAUUGGAAAUUAUUCUAUCAACGUGGCUUGAUAAAUUAACGAUUUCCAAUGAUGGCCAUGAUAUCUUUGAUAUAUUUUUGUCUUGUAUCCCAAAUAUAAAAUGGUCAAUUGUACCUUUAGUAUUUUUAAUGAAAUCACUGGCCAAUAUUUCAUUGCAUUCUUGUUUAAAAUUGAACAUUAUUGACCAUAUAUUAAAAAUUAAGUCUACUGUUGAAAAUAUGCCAAAUUCUUAUUUAAAAAUGAUUGUGUUAUCAUUUUUAUUUAUAUUUGCCACUAAAAUGUUUGUUGGUGCUAAUACUGAAUUUCAUUGUGAUCUUUUUGAUUGCAUAUUGGUUUAUAAAAAAAAUACGAAAUCUUGGGAUUACCUGAUUAAUUCAAUUCGUAAAAUUAAUAAUUUUGAACAUUUGGAUAAGCAAAUAUCACAACGUUUAAAUGAAAAGGACAAAUUAUAUUCAACGUCUAUUGGAAUAUUAGCUUUAUCCAAUAUUUACAUUGAUUAUCCAGUUUCCAUAAAAAAAUUACAUGACAUUUGUACUCGUCCAGUAGAUACAUUUGAGAUAAUAUAUUUUUUAGAUUGUUUACUAAAAGUUGAAUGUCAUUACGAUAAUUAUGAAACUUGUGUAAGUCAAAUAUUAAAUGAUAAUAUUUGGACUGUUACUAUGAUUUGGGUUGACAAAUGUUUAAAAAUUUCUGCAGACAGUUCUUACGAUGAAAUUAUUUGUAGUUUUUUGGAUAAAGUUUUAAUUUCAAAUAGAAUUGUAAAUACCUUAAAGAUAAUGAAUGUGUGGCUUAAAAAGUGUAAUUACAUUAUUUUAAAACAUUCAGGAAAUUAUUAUAUUUUAUCAAUAUAUAGUUGGAUUGGUAAAUAUGCUACAAGACAUUCUUCAGAACAUUCACUAAAAAAUGAUUGGCUGUCAUUUACAAAAUAUUUCAUUGACUCUGGAUAUUUUUCCCUCAAGAACAAAGAUUUCUUUAAUUUAAAAAAACAAGGUAUGCAUAUAAUCCCACAAUUGGAUAUAGUUAACACAUUUUUCCAGUAUUCUACUGUUCCGGAAAAGCAAUUACUGGAUAUAUUUGAUUGGUUGACAGAAAAAAAAGUGGAACGUAAUGAUAAUUAUUGGAGAGUAUACUUUUUAACAGCUAAGACAUUUUUAAGUAAAUUUCCAAUUCAUUUACACUUGGAGAAAAUAAUUCAGUUCAUUAGUGACUGUUGGGAGUUUUUAGUUGAUUGUAGAGUAUCUUGUUUUCCAGUAACCAUCAAAAGUUUUAUUGAAAUGGCAUUUCAUUAUAAUUUGUUAUCAGAAGAGAAAUAUGUAAAAUUUGUUGAAAAUGAAAUAUUGAAAAAUCUUUUGACAGCCAAAUGCCGUGAUAAAUUUAAUGUUUGUUUUUCAUUAUUUCUUCUUAAAUUUUUUGAAAAACAAUCAAAAGUUAAAAUUUUAGAGUUGCAUCUUAAAAUGUCUGCAUUUUUUGCUAAGUGUUUAUUAUUCAGUAUUGAACGAUAUGGCGCAACUAAAAUUGAAUGGGAUGCACUUGAAUAUAUACGAACAUUAAAAAAUUUUCCUUUAAUAGAUGAUGUUUCAGUUGAGUCUUUGCCUGAUGAUAGAUACUUACGUUUUUAUACAAUUCAAUAUUUAUACAAACUAAAUUCCAAUGAUUUAUGGAAAAAUGUAUUAACUAUAUUAAUUAAAACUGAGAUAUCAUCACGAGAUAGAAAAUUUUUCCAUAAUUCUAAAGCAUAUCGUAUUAAACAAAGAGUAGUACAAGUUUUGCUUAUGAUUGCUUGUGAUAAUCAAUAUAAGCCAGUAAUAUUUGAAGAAAAUAUAUAUAAAUGGUGUUUAUCAAGUUUAAAAGAAGUUUCUCACAUACAUAGUGUUGCAUACCAACUAAUAUGGUUAUUGGUAUUAAUAUAUAAUAACUAUGAUAUUUUAUCUAAUUUUUGGAAUGACUUUGAAAAAGCUCAGGAAAAUCAUAAUUAUUUAUGCUGCUUCAUUUCCAUAAUUUAUCAUUUAUGUAGAAUAAAAAAUAAUAAGCAAUUUGAACUUGAAGCUAAAGAUCAUCUUCUACCUCUUUGUUUUUCAAAUGGUUAUAAAAUAAGAUUUUAUGCUCAGGAAACAAUGUGUAAAAUAUUUUCCUGUUAUCCUAAGGAAUCUGAUUGGUUUUUGUUAUGUGUAUCUAUGAAAAAUAUUAUAACUACAAAUGAACAAACUAAAAAAUAUGAGAAUCCAUUUAAUGAUUUUUUUUAUCAAGAAUUAGACAUGAUCAACUCUCUAUCUUUGAAAAAUGUGUGUGUAGAAGUGCCUAGAUUAUUAAAUAUUAUGUAUGAAGAAUGUUUUCCCAUAAAAUGGUUAAAUGAUUUCUUUGCCACUGAAAUUAUGAAUAAAAACUACGAUUUAUCAUUGUGUUCAGUAUCAUCCUUUAUCGAAAAAAACACUGCAUCAGUUUCAACAAAUGAAUUGAUUGUUAUUAACAAUUCCCAAAAUGCCCAGAGAAAAUAUAUUCCAUCUCUAGCUCUUGAUGAACACACAACUGCUUCAAAUCUUAUAGUUAUUGGAUCAUUGAUAGAUAAAGUAACUAAUUUAGGUGGCUUAGCAAGAACAUGUCAAGUAUUUGGAGCCUCAACAUUUGUAGUUGAUAAUUUAUCAUGUGUAGAAAAAAAAGAAUUUACUGCAUUGAGUAUGACCGCUGAAAAACAUCAACAUAUUAUUGAGGUGAGAGUUAAGAACUUAAAAUCAUAUUUACAAAAGAAGAAAAAUGAAGGAUAUCAAAUUGUGGCUGCAGAGCAAACAGUAGAUAGUGUGAAAUUACAUGAUACUGAAUUACCAUUAAAAUGCGUUCUACUUUUAGGCAAUGAAACUUCUGGUGUACCACAUGAUUUGUUAUCUAUCAUGGACAUGUGUAUAGAAAUAGAGCAAUUGGGUAUUGUUAGAUCAUUGAAUGUGCAUGUGGCUGGUUCAUUGUUUAUUUGGGAAUACACUAAAAGACACUGUCUUAAAGUUUCUAAUGAAUAAAAUGCAUUAAGUUAUAAUGGAAAUAAAUACAUACUAAUUAUUUUUA